ACAAUGGUGUGGGGAAACCAGACCUUCAGCUCUGACUUCAUCUUGCUGGGGAUCUUUGAUCACAGCCCCACCCACACCUUCCUCUUCUCUCUUGUCCUGGGCAUCUUCUCCGCGGCCGUCCUGGGGAACUCGGCGAUGCUGCUCCUCAUCUGUGUGGACACCCGGCUGCACACCCCCAUGUACGUCCUGCUAGGCCAGCUCUCCCUCAUGGACCUCAUGCUCGUCUGCACCACGGUGCCCAAGAUGGCCGCCAACUACUUGUCUGGAAGGAAGUCCAUCUCGGUGGCUGGUUGCGGAGCCCAGAUAUUCUUCUAUGUGUCCCUGCUGGGGGCCGAGUGCUUCCUGCUGGCAGCCAUGGCCUAUGAUCGCUACGUGGCUAUAUGCCACCCUCUUAGGUAUACCAUUUUCAUGAAUCAGAAACUCUGUUUUCUUAUGAUUGCAGCUUCCUGGGUCUUGGGCUCUCUUGAUGGCAUCAUCGUGCUUGCAGCUGUCCUGUCAUUCUCUUAUUGCAGCUCUCUGGAAAUCCAUCAUUUUUUCUGUGAUGUUGCAGCCCUUUUACCUUUGUCCUGCACAGACACAUCUGCAUUUGAAAGGUUGCUUUUCAUCUGCUGCGUGGUGAUGUUAAUACUCCCAGUUUCGGUUAUCAUCUUUUCUUAUUCUCAUGUCCUUCGAGCUGUCAUCCGCAUGGGCUCUGGGGAAGGUCGCUGCAAAGCCUGUAGCACUUGCUCCUCCCACCUGUCUGUGGUGGGACUCUACUAUGGCGCUGCCAUGUUCAUGUACAUGAGACCAACCUCUAGCCAUACUCCAGACCAGGACAAGGUGGUGUCAGCCUUCUAUGCCAUCCUCACCCCCAUGCUGAACCCUCUCAUUUACAGCCUCCGCAACAAAGAGGUGUCCAGGGGAUUGAAGAAGCUACUGAGGAAAGGAAAGUUAAUAUAA